GCCAAUGGGCCUUCAGAAGCUUUGUAUUUUCAAGGGAAGAGGAGGAGGAGGAGGAGGAGGAGGAGGAGGAGGAGGAGGAGGAGGAGGAGGAGGAGGAGGAGGAGGAGGAGGAGGAGGAGGAGGAGGAGGAGGAGGAGGAGGAGGAGGAGGAGGAGGAGGAGGAGGAGGAGGAGGAGGAGGAGGAGGAGGAGGAGGAGGAGGAGGAGGAGGAGGAGGAGGAGGAGGAGACGUGGGCGCCUAAAAAAUAGACUCCUCACGCAUGA